AUGACCAGUGGUGGUACUGGUGCUAAGAAUCCGCAUGUGAAAGAGUUGGCGGUGUUACAAAGAUUGCCUAACAAGGGAGAUGCAUUGGAGAUACUGGGAGAUAUUGCCCACAGGGUAUCUUAUUUGAUGAAAGAACACCAAUUCAAGGUGAACUCACUGGUGGAAUUUUAUCCCAAAGAUAAGCGAUUGUUGGGCAUGAACGUUAAUAGAGGAAUGAAGAUUAUGUUGAGGUUGCGAAACCCACAUGAUGAGUAUCAAUUUCUGCCUCGAGAAUCGAUCAUUGGAACAAUGCUGCAUGAGCUGACGCAUAACCUGUUUGGUCCUCAUGAUAACAAGUUCUAUAAAAAGCUAGACGAUUUGAUAGGGAGGCAGUGGGUGAUCGAGCAGCAAGGACUGUUUGACACAUUUUUGGGAUCAGGCAAACGUCUUGGGGGCCAGAGUGUAAGAGGCAGAAGAGCCGUGAACAGCGUCAGAAUUUCAAAGCUGUGUGGAACAAGAUUGGGAAGUGGCAGCAACGAGGCAGUUCCAAAACUUUCCCCCAGAGAGCUGGCAGCCAAAGCCGCAAUACGAAGGGCGAACGAUAGCAAAUGGUGCCAUGAUAAUGAUGAUCGGAUUGUGGAAAGUCUAAUACCGAAGGCAAAGGAUCUGCAUGUGAUAAUCGUAGAUGAGGAUGUGAUAGAUGAUGACGCCAGCUCCACUUACAAGCCCGAAAUCAUUGAUUUGACAUAA